UCUUCACUCUGCUUUGUCCUCUUCAUCUAAUUCUUGACAAAAUGUGGGCGAGAUGUCUCAGAUUUGUUCUCCUGGUUUGGUUUCCAGGAGUGCUGCACGGACAAAGUGCAGCUCUGCCUUGUCCUGCUCCCACACUGAAUGGUGGAUAUUUUGUCCCUGAAAACGAAACUUAUGCUCAUGAAACCAAGCUCACUUACGCCUGUGAAAAAGGACUUAAACCAGCAGCGGAGGUUUGGUGGGCAACAAGCACAUGUCAAAAUGGCAAAUGGUCUCAUGAACCACAGUGUAUAGCUGAAAACGCCUGCAUUCCACCAGCUAUACCCAAUGCAAAAUACACUGAAAACCAAAAUGGUUGGUAUGAAGAGGGAAACGUAAUAAGGAUAACAUGUGACAAAGGAUAUGAAUACAAAGACCGGAAUGCAACAGCCACAUGCAGAAAUGGGACGUGGUCCUCUGUGCUCUUCUGCGAGAGAAGUACCCAUGCAUGUGGUGAGCCCCCUAAAAUCCCCCAUGCAGUCAUCAUUCAUCAGGAUUACCAGGAGCUGUUUGCUCCAGAUUCAGAGGUGCAGUAUGAAUGUGAAGACGGAUAUACUAUAGAGGGAGGAGACACCAGGAAAUCCAUCUUUUGCAUGUCUGGAACCUGGUCUGAAGGCCCAGCAUGCCGACCUGCUACCAGCUCCAGAACGAGUGAGAGAGAAACCGAACCUCAGAUCACUCCAAUCAGCAACUGUGGAAGACCUCCAACAGUUCCUAAUGGUGAGGUUGUGGAAGCUAGUGUCCUGUUUUUGAGGUACCAGUGCAGCAUUUUUUACAAACGGACGGGUCCAGAGACAGUGAUGUGUUACAGCGAUGGCACGUGGUCACAUGUCCCCACCUGCAGAGCCGCUUUCUGUUCUGUGGACACUGACAGAUAUCCUCAGUUAAAACCUGAUGGGGUUAAAUAUAUAAAAGAUGGUGAGACCGUGAGACUGGAGUGUGUGAAAAUGGCCCACUGGUGGAUGGAUCAUUUCUCUGUGGGCCGGUGCACUGACAGAAGAAUAUGGCUUUCCAGAUGUUGUAACUGGUUGGAGCAUAAGGCGAAAACUUGCUAAGGCUGCGGCACCAAGGGGACGACACUGCUGCCUUUGGAUUUG